GUGUGUGUAGCUGCAGUUCGCUGAUUCGCUUGCGGUUAGCUUGGCUUCGCUCAGAAUGGCGGGAAUAUCGUUGCGUCGUAGCCAUAUUGAAUUUUAGUUCGUCCAAGUUUGCAGCUAGCUCAGAUGGCAGUCAAAAAGUGUCCCCAAUUUUCCCUAUAGAAUUGACACUCCCUGAUUGUAGUAUUACCAUACAUAAAAUGUAGGAAUACACACAUACAUAGACCAAUCGCUAUAUGGGGUUUCGUAUGCAAUUACACGGAUUGAAAUGUUGAGCUACAAGAUUUUGCUACAAAAGCCGUCACUAUUCCUGGUGUAGUUUAUUUUGUCGCUAUGAUUUGGCUAUCAGUUUAAGCGUUUUGCCGUUUACUAAUUGGCGCUAUACAGACCUCUGAACAGAGCUUCGAGAUUUUGUCAUAAGAGGCACCAGUAUCACCUAAAUAGCAAUUGAUUUUUAUCGAAUUUUACAUUGUGUCUUACGGCGAAAGUGGUGAAAGUCAUCUGCUUUCUUUAUUUUUGACAAUAAAUAAACUAUUUUUACGUGAUAUAGAUGCAGCAGUCUCCUAACAUUUCUUUAGCCUCAAUAUUUAUUAAUUCCCAAUAACUUCUAAAAUAACAAUGCCGUAUAAUCAACUACAUAUGCCGGUUAAUUGCAAUUGUACUGUAAUACAUACGUUAUCUAUAUCAUAUUUUAUUUGAAAUAUAAAUGUAAUAUAAAAAUAAAGCUUUUGUGGAAAUUGUGUCAAUGUGUAUCAUUUCCAAUGCAGUGACAGGGUUAUCUGUCAAAUGUUAGCUAAGAUUGUGUCAGAAGUUCCCGCCUAAAUCUUUUUAUUUUUUUGCUUAUUGUUAAUGUAAAACAUUCUUAUUAUAUACUUCAAUAUGAAAUUUCGAUGUAGAAUGGUAGAUGCAAUUGCUAUGAGAGAUUUCACAAAUAUUGUUAAUGUUCUUUCCCGGUUAACAAAACAAUGUAUAUUAAGAUUAACACCGAAUGAGUUAUGCUUUAGCGUCAGUGACGAUCGUGUAUCAAUGGUUUGGGCAGAAUUAAGUCAAGAUCAUUUUUUUACCGAGUAUCUUAUGAACGGUGUCACCGAGGAACAAAACGAAAUUUAUUUAGAAUUUGAUGCAACUAUGCUGGCCAGAUCGCUGAGUUCUUUACGAAUGACUGCAAAGAGUGUAAAAAUUAAACUAACAAAUAAACGUCAACCUUGCCUCUCACUGGAAAUCGAACUUCCAUCAUUAAGUAUUGAAUCAAGACAAUGUUUACACGAUGUUCCAGUGAGAGUUAUUCCGCGUCGAGAAUGGCAGGAGCACCAAGCACCAAAUAUACCGGAAUUUGAUAUAUCGGUUGAUAUGCCACAACUUAGACAUGUAAGGAGUAUCGUAGAGAGAAUGAAAAACAUGAGUCCACGAUUAACAAUAAGUGCCGACAAGUCUGGUAUGUUUGUGUUAAAAGUUGACACGGACAGCGCGACAGUUUCUACUCAUUUCCAGAAUCUCCAGGUGUGGAGUUGCAGUCAGAAAAGUCAUGAUGACAAAAUAUCUGCAACUAUUGAUGUUAAAAAGUUUUUUAUGUUUUUGGCCUGGGAUGUCGUACAUCCUGACGGUGUCAAAUGUAAUAUACUUGAAGAUAGAAUUGUGAACUUGUAUCUACAUUUAUCAGAUUAUUUAAAAAUACAUUAUUUCAUUCCUUCGAUGACUACCUGAGUCAUCAUUUUACAACUUAUGAAUGUUUGUAAUGAUGUCCAGAUACAAUGUAAAUAUGUUAUUUUUUUAAAUGGACUGCCUUCCCGUGUUUUAUUUACUUUUUCGUAAUACUUAGAAAUAACUGGCAUAAACUGUGUUUUCGCAAAGAUGUGUACAAACUUCAUAUUAAACAAAUAUGUGGCAA